AUGUCUACGCCGGCAACAAAGUUCAAAAAGUUCGGAGGCGACUACCACGCUGACUCUUCUGAAGACUUGGUUGUGGGUGAGUGGUCGAAGCACGCAGCAGCAGAAACAGACAUCGUCAGGAUGGAGAUGGGAGGGAUCUUUGAUGAGAAUACGUGGUUGAAAGCAACAGAAGAGUUUGAGAGUGAUUUCGACAAGAUGGAAAGGAAAAUGCAUAGGUUCCCUGCAAGCCUACGUGGUCUCGGGUCGAGGUACAUUGUCCCCAAGGUCGUAGCCAUCGGCCCUUACCACCGAGGCUUAGACCAUCUCAAGGAGAUGGAGAAGGUGAAGCAGGUGGCUGCAUACCAAUUCCUUUUGAGCUUUGGCACACCACGACCGCCCGGUACCUUAUAUAAGACGAUACGUUCACCGAUCCUCUCUGUUGCCGGCGCUGCCCAUAGCCUCUACGACAAAGAUGUUGUAGCAGCUAUCAGCGAUGACGAAUUUGUGGAUAUGAUGAUCCUUGAUGGUAUCUUCUUGCUGCAGUAUAUGCUUAUGACUAUCGGCCGUCAAUGUUUGUGUUCGUCGUUGCUGCGCUGUUUUCACUCAAAUCAAGCUUGCAUCAGUAAUGACAUAAUGCUACUGGAGAACCAGCUCCCCUGGGUGGUGAUCGAGACCCUCCUCGAGUUUGCUGACCCGGCACUGCAAGUGGAGGUCUUCAUUGCCAAGAUGGGACGCACACUCCAAGUCCGCGGGGACAAGAAUAGAGAACCAUUUGAGUUUAGUCGUACGUACUGGCCGCCUCAUCUCCUUGGCCUCCUCCGAUUCUACAAAAUAGGAGGCAGCACCAGAUGUCAGCGCAAAGGCUAUCCAGAUGUCAUCCGGCCAAUGGCAAAAACUAUUAGUGUAACUGAGCUUGCAGAACUUGGCAUAAAGCUUACUGCUAGCAACACAACAAAGCUCCUCAUGGACAUGGGCAUCAAGAAAAGACCCCUCUUCAGCCAGAUCUUCGUGGCACCACUAUUGCUGGACGAAAUGAGGUCAUGCUGGCUCGUCAACAUGGCGGCUUUGGAGAUAUGCAUCGCUACAGAUUUUCGGUGGGGCUGGGACACAAUUCAAAUGCCAGUCGUCUGCUCUUACCUUGCUGUGCUCGCAAUGCUCAUGGAUCGAGAGGAGGACGUGCACAAGCUGAGAUCAAAGCGCCUCGUGCAAGGAGAACUCACCAACAUCGAGAUGCUCAACUUUUUCAAGAGCCUUAUCAAGCACAUAAGUGGUGGCCCCCUGUACACUGAAAUCUUGGAAGAGAUAGAGGACUACAGGAUAAGGUGGUGGAUGUUGAUCAAGGUGCACACGUUCUUCUACAAAAACUAUAAAAUCAUCACUGCAGUGCUCUCCAUCAUCGGUGUUCUUGUGGGUAUCUUCAAGACACUCCUAUCUCUCAAGAAACAUAGCACAAUUUCUUAA